GGGAGCGUCGCCGGCGGGGCGGCACCGUCACAAAGGCAGCGGCUCGGCGAGCGCGCCCACAUCCGGGCCUCCGCGUCCCGCGCGGGUCCGCAGGGCGGGCGGCGGCAGCUCGGUCCCCGCCCGGCCUCCUGCGCCCAACCGGCCCCCACAGCCCACGCCGCGCCCCGGACCCUCGCGCACGCGCACGCGCUCCACGUCCACUCACGACCCGCCGAGAAGCGCAGCCGGACGCAAAGCCCAGAAUCGCUCCGGCGCGGAGGCUCCUGGGAAGUGGAGUCCCGGCCCUGGCUCCGCGGGCCUGGGGAGCGCGCGGCUUUGCUCUUCGCCUCCCAGCUGAGGGCCCUCGGCGCCACCGCCUGCUCCGCGCGCUCUCUCCUCCCUUCCCGCUGCAGCCCGGUCGUUCCCACGCGAGAGGCAGGCACCCCGAGGACAGGAAGGACACCCAGUGAAAUGCAACCCUGACUUGAUUGAAUCAGAAAAACAAGAAAAGAAGUAUCCAGCUCUCUCAGCCCUAUUGUGCAGGCGGAUGUCACAUUCAGGCUCUCAAGAUGGCAGCCAUUGACCUAUGCCCAAUAUGGGCUCUGCCUACACAGGACUCUGCCUGUUUCUAUGUGAGAAGUACUGAGGGGGCAAGGAUAGUGCCUGGAUUCCCAGCAACCUGGUUACAGGGACCAGUGUCCUUUGAGGAUGUGACUGUGGAGUUCACCCAGGAGGAGUGGGUGAUGCUGGACUCUGCUCAGAGAAGUAUGUACAGAGACGUAAUGUUGGAAAACUAUAUGAAUCUCACCUUGGUGGAAUAUCAGUUAUGCAAGCCUGUGAUCUCCCUGUCGGGUCAAGAAGACAUAAGAACUGUGAAAAGGAGAAUUCCCCAAGGCACCUGUCUAGACUGGGAGAUUCAACUGAAAACCAAAGAAUCAACUUCUAACCAGAAUAUUUUUUGGGGAAAAUCAUCUAGUGGCAAGAAAAUGAUAAGAUUCACAACGGAUGAUCGGUCUCCCGCAUUAAGAGCAGACUGGGAAUGCCAUAAAAUCAGAAAACAGCACAAGAUCCCAAAGGGGAUUUUGAGGCAAGUGACAUUUACUCAAAAGAAGGCAUCAUCUCAGGAGGGAUUGUAUGACUAUCAUGAAUUAGAGGAGGACUCUAAACUCAGAUCAAAACUUGUUUUUUCAAAGAGAGUUUCCAUCAGUAAACAUUGCCAUAAGUGUUACUUAGAUAUUGAGUGUUGGAAGCAUAAUUCAAUCCUAAACAGUUAUGAAAAAAACUCUGUAAGUGAGAGAGUCUGUGAAAGUCAUGACUAUGACAGAGCUCUGUGGCAUCUUGAAAGAACUCAAACAGCACAAAAAGAGUACACGUGCUCCGAACAUGGCAUACACUUUAAACAUAAUAAUAUGCUUCCUAUAUGCAACAAUUGUCAUAUGGGGGAGAAUUCCUAUGAGUGUAAUAAAAACAAAACCUUUUGUCAUCAUUCAUCCCUUAAGCAACAGGAGCAAACUCCUACUGAAGAGAAUCAUGAACAUAAUCAGCAUGGAAAAGCCUUCAAAAGGAUUUCUAAUCUUAUUUUGCACAAGAGAAGUCACAUGGGUGAGAAACAAUAUGAAUGUAAAGAAUGUAGGAAAGUCUUCAAUGAUUCCUCAACCCUAAGGAGACAUAUAAGAACUCACACUGGUGAGAAACCCUAUGAAUGUAAUCAAUGUGGAAAAGCUUUCAGUCAAAAAACAUCUCUUAAGGUUCAUGUGAGAACUCACACUGGAGAGAAACCUUAUGAGUGUAAUCAUUGUGGAAAAUCCUUUGGCACAAGUUCUUACCUUAUAGUGCACAAGAGAAUACACAGUGGGGAGAAACUCUAUGAAUGCAAUGACUGUGGAAAAGCCUUCAACACAAGCUCUCACCUUAAAGUUCACAAGAAAACACACACUGGAGAGAACCUUUAUGAAUGCACUGACUGUGGGAAGGUUUUUAGUGGUCUCUCAUCUCUUAGAAUGCAUGUGAGAACUCAUACUGGGGAGAAACCCUAUGAAUGUAAGGAAUGCAGGAAAACCUUCAGUGUUUCCUCUUCCCUUAGGAGACAUGUGAGAACUCACACUGGAGAGAAACCCUAUGGCUGUAUUCAAUGUGGAAAAACCUUCAGUCAGAAUUCUUCACUUACUAUACACAAGAGAAUUCAUACUGGGAGAGAAACCUUGUAACUAUUAAGAAUAUGGAGUUGCCUUUUUCAGUGUCUUAAGGUGGAUUCCAAGCUCAUUAUUUCAGUCUUUGUUCUCUAAAAUAAGCAUUUAAGGCUAUAAAUAGUCCUAUAAACGCCCCUUUAGUUAUAUAACACAUUUGGUGUAUGAUAAUUUAUUUUGUUUUAACUCUGUUGUCUAAUAUUUAUUAUGACUUUAUGACUUUCAGAUCCAUAGCUGUUUAGAGUUAUUUUAAAUAUGUUUUCAGUUACCUUAUGGAUUUCUAAGUUAAUUGCAUUAUCUUCAAAGUAUGUGGACAAUAUGAUACUACUUUAUUGUUAUUUUCUUGAGAGUUGCUUUCUGGUCUGGUGUGACAGGUAUUGUUAGUAGCCAAUCGAACAUCCAGUUCAUCCCUCCCUGUAGGGAGUGGAUAGUAUCACUGGGGACAGACCUAUCUAGUGUUUUCUCUUUGCCUUUUGCACUUUGUCUUUCUGCCUUCCCCAGUCUUCUCCCUUUGGAUUUUGCAUUCAUGGAGCUGAAUGAGCCAUCUUGUGACCAUGAGGAUGACAAGGAUGGUGUCAAAGAGAUCCUGGUUUCCCAAAGAUAUCUUCAAAUAACUGUACCAGCACUGCACUGCUUAUAUCUGUGCAUCUUUUUAUGUGAGAAAAAUAAGCUUAUUGAUUUUUUAAAAACAGUAUGUAAAUACAGUCAAUACAGUAACCUCGUUUUAAAAAAGAAAAAGAUCACAAGAUAUGUAGACUUAAAUAUUUUACGUUGGGUGUACAAAUUUGGAUAAGAACAUAGAAAAGAGAGGAAUGGAAGAGGAAUAUUGAUAGAACUUUUGUGCUUAGGCUAGAGAGGAUGGAGCUGAGGUCAUUGAAAGCAGGUGUCAGAGAAGCAGGAGGAAAAUCCCAACAUUUCAGCAUGAGAAAACCAAAGAGUCUUCAAGUAGAGGGGAAGUUACCAAUUUUAAAUGCUGAAUGAAGCCCUUGAGAUUUUGCUACUUGGUUUUAGAGAUACUGAUGAGAUUAGCUCUAAUUUAUUAAGAAACAAAAUAUGGAAGGAAGAAACUAUGAUGGAAGAAAAAGGCAAUAGUCACAGUUUUAGUCCUGUUUAUAGAGUUGUGAGAUAUCUAGAUGAACGGGCUGAUGUGUAGUUCUGAACCUGUAGAGGUGUCUAGGACAGAGAUAUAAUUUUAGCAACAUCAGGAGAUAGACUGUACUGGGUUGUGUGGAGGUGAGUCAGAUUGUAUAGGGAAAAUGGAUGGUGUGAAAAGAAAAUGUCUACCACUGACCAUGGAGACCUCCUAUAUUUAAAGUAAGUAAAAAUGGAGUUUUACUAAACCAAGACAAACUAGUGUUUGAAGAAGGAAGGUAAAAUCGGUUGUUUUAAAUGCUACUAUGAGGUCAAAUUAGAUGAAGUCUGCAAAAGCAAACGUAUGGCAACGUGAAGGUUAUUGUUGACCUUAGGUGGAGAUAAUGGUAUGUUGAGGAUUGGUGGUAGGUUAGGAUGAGUUUCAUAAUAAAGGAUGAGGAAGUAAAGAGUAAAUAUAGACAAGCUUGAAUAGUAGGAGAAAGAUGGGGAAGUAGCUGGAGAGAGAUUUGGUCAAGGGAAAAUAUGUUUUAAAUAAUGAAAAACUAGAAAAUGUUUAGAUCCUAAUGUGAUGUAUCCAGUAUGGAGAGAUUAAAUGUGCAGGCAUAAGAAGAGGGACAGUCAGUACCAUAAAGUUCCUGAGAAGGGGAUGGAGGUAUCUGGAGCACAAAUAGAAGGACUGAUGUUUGCUGCAAGAAGGGAUACUUCCACCAUUCUCUCAGAAGGAAAGGAGGACUGUGUGGGUUGGUUUUAAUUACCUCUUUAUUUACUUAUAUCUAAGUUACUUGAGCUAAGAGUAUCUGAGCUAUACAACACUGCUUGUUUGUUUUCUCUUUUUUUUUAAAUAUAAAUUAUUUAUUUAUUUAUUUUUGGCUGCGUUGGGUCUUUUGUUGCUGCGC